UAGUCAGUUGAUUUAGUUGGCCUGUCGUGUCUGUCCUUGGUUCUCUUGGGCUUUGAAGUGGUUGUGUUGGGGUGGGUGAGAAUCGAUGGCUUCCUUGUCGGCCCCAUGGAAGGCUUGGCCUUUUGCCACCCACUGGCUGACUUGACUUCGUCGCCGGCCAAGCACGCAACGAUUUGCGUGAUGGACUGAUGCCCCUGUGUGUGUUUAUCGCGGCUGGGUGCGUGUAUGACUCAGAUGCGCUCAUAUACGGGGAGUCCGAGAGGAAACAGCGUGUGUGCCUGUCAGCCAGCCCCUCUUUGGCUGCAGGUGGUACUUCUCGAUGGCGUGGAGGUCAAAGCUCACUCAGCAUGCAGCUCCUUUUGCCGUGGCUUGUUGGGUGGGGUAGGAGAAGGGCAGGCAUUUUGCUGCAUAAUACGUGUCUGCGUGAGUAUGCCGAUGGUAUCAAUCGGUUGACCGAUAACAAUGGGGGUCGACGGACUCGGUGACACUAGAACCGAUCCACCAUUUUAGCUGUCUUUGGCUGUGCUCAAUUCUCCCUCGGCGUUUUCUGCCUGGCCAUGGUCACUUUAUGUUCCUGCUGGGGGCUGCGUGGGUGUAUGGUGGCUGGCAGUCAUGCCCUUGUUGGUACUAGUACUCUGUCAUGGUGGCUUCGGCCGGUGACUGUCUGGGCGGUGGCUGCCUCGCGCCUUGGCGUGACGGUCGACUCACAACGAGGGGGACACGAGAAUUGCAUUAAUUGAGUGAUCGACUGUGCUGUGACAGCUAUUUACAUAUUCGUCUCUCGCAUAUAUGCAUUCAUGUGUCUGACAUUGAAGCGUGAGUGAAACGCAUUUACGCAUUUACGCUUUGGCUCGCUUUUUUGAUCGCGCUCUCUCUUUCAUUCUCCGUUGGAAUAAAGUUUUUUCUCUGAGUUGAAUAUCUCCAUUGCUCUUCUUUGAGGACGGUCACAAGCGGCGAUGAUGACUCGCGUGUGGCGUGUUUGGCUCAUCACUCUGCUGACGGUGCUUGUCACUCGUGCGGCUGCCCAAGAGGCCGAGGAGGGACGUGAGUGGUGAGUCACUCAGUCAGUCACUCACUCAGUCGGUCAGUCCAUCACACUCUCUUUCAUCUCACAGGUGUGGUGCUGCGGCCGAAGAGGCAUUGCCUGCCUGGGACUACUGCGCUGACGGUGGCAAUCCCGUGACCGUCGAGGUCAAGGCGGUGAGUGGCCCGAACCUCGACCCUUCCAGUGACGUCUUCCUCAAGCUCGUCGGCACCGAAGGAACAACACAAGACAUCCGAAUCGCAAGUGAGUAUGUCACACACACAAUGACAGUCUUUCACUCGGCCGCUCACUGUCUGCCUGUGUGAUGGAUGCGUGUCAAGGUGAGGAGGGCGGCACCAAGCGUCGGGUGCAGACGAGUGCGGCUGAUGUUGGGCCGCUGGAGGCGGUGAUAGUGCGGAGCGACAGCAAAGACAAGGCGGCUCACUGGCGCUGCAAGACCAUCACCGUCUUCAGCUACUACCGAUGGUUCCAGUGCGGCUGCACCGACGAACUCUCCGCCGCAUCACCAUCAGCCGUACGUAACUAACGCAUCAGACAGGCGUCCAUGCGCACCAUGUCUGUCUGUGUGUUGUGGUCAGGAGUACACGUUGAGUGCGAGUGAGCCCUACGAGGUCACCAUCGAAACGGGCGGAGACGACAAAGGUCAACCACACACACACAGCACAACACAACACAACACAUGAAGGAAUGAGUGCACUUCCCUCUCUGUGUCUCUGUGUGUGUGUGUGUGUGUGCAGCGAGUACACAGGGCAGCAUCACCGGCGGCACGUCUGCUCACGUGCGCAUCCGGGCGACCAGUGUGGGCAAGAUCAAGGCCAUCCGCCUCACCAACACGGCCGCAGACGACCCGUGGUUCUGUGACACUCUCAAGCUCAAGCGCCAGGACGGCAGUGCCGUGAGCUUCCGCGUGCGGCGAUGGAUCGGCACACCGUACCCCACGACGGCAGAGGUGGGGCUGGGCGAGGAGUCCGGCAGCUGUCACAUCAGCUGCCGGACUCGACUCAUCGGUGCCACGGGCAGCACGACACCAGAGGGCCCCAACAUGAUCAAAGUAACCACACCUGCCGGCCUGCCUGCCCGACACACCUGACACAUGGAUCUCUCUGUUCUGUGUGUGUCAUGUGUCUGUUGUGCCGGUCAGGUGUUGUGUCCGUCCAACUACCAGGCAGACGAGGCGCAGUUUGUGUCCUCGUCCAUCUGCGGCGCCACUCUCAUCGUCACGGUUUGCAACCACACCAACCACACGCAGCAGCAAAAAUACAUCACUCUGUCUGUCUCUCUCUGUGUGUGUGUGUGUGUGCGUGCAGGAGGUCUCUUCAUUGGGGACUUUGGGUGAGUUCACGGAGGCGAGUGCCCGGAAGGCGUGUCGGGAUAUGGGCUGUCAUGACGUCGAGGGGGAGUACUACUGCGCCGUGGCCAUGGGCGGCAUCCACUGCAAGGGCGACGAGGAGAGCUUCCUCAAGUGCACCUUCGACGUCAAGUGCACCUUUGGCGCCAACCACAUCUUGGACGUGGCCGUCAUGUGCACCAACAACCCGCCCGCCAAGACACCCGCCAAGGGCACGCUGCGCAUCCUCUCCGCAGCCGGCGCACACGCCAACGAGGGACGACUCGAGGUGAGAGAGCUAGUGAGGUCGUGGGCAUGAUCACACACACAUACACACACAUUCACGCCACGAUUUCAAUGAUAUGUCAUCCAUCUCCAUCUCCAUGUGUGUGCGUGUGUGUGUAGGUGUAUCUGCCGAGCCGUGACCUGUCCAAGUGGUGGUCGACAGUGUGCGACGACAACUGGAUGGCCGCGAGUGAGCGCAUCGCCUGCCUCCAGAUGGGCUACGCGGGUGCAGCCAGGGGCGGCGCACACAAAGAAAGCUGCACCGACUACAAAGGAGUGAACGUAUGCGGACCCGCCGGCACAAGGUCAAUGCACCACUCACAAAAUGGACAGAGAGAGAGGCAGAUAUGAAUGUGUGUAUGUGUGUGUGUGUGUGUGUGUGUGUGGUUUCAGGAUUAUCUGCCUGAUGGACUUCAUGUGCGACGGCAGCGAAUCACAACUCCUCCAAUGCCCAUACGUAAUUACGUGGACAUCCGACACACAACACACACAAAUGCAUCAUGCAUUUGUGUGUGUCCAUCCCUCCAUUCCGUUCAUCUGUCAUUCAGACGACGGGCAGCGACAUUUACUGCUCCCACGACGAGGACGUUGUCGUGUCGUGUGAGGGCGACAACGGCGAUCCCUCGGGCAGCGGACUGCACCAGAAAGACCCCCCGCCCACAUUCGUCCACUACUCAUUCCCCCCCAAGACAAAACUCACUUGCUCCGACACCAUCGCCAGCAAGGUAGGUCCACACACACACACAGAGAGAGAGAGAGGAAAUGCAUGUGAUAUGUGUGUGUGUUGAUGCAGCUUGGCGGCGGUGGGUUGGUGGGCACCACAGUGGUGGCGACGUGUGAGGGCAGCUGCAGUGAUGCAGGGGUCCAAGUGGUGGGGACGCUCAUCUACAGCGAGGCAUCCCCCGUCUGCAAGGCUGCCGUCCAUGCUGGCGUCAUUGGCGACGGCGGCGGCGACGUCACCCUCACCCUCAAGCACCCCAUCCACCAUUACACCGGUCAGUCAGUCUGCCUCACACACACCACACCACACUCGUGGACUGUGUGUGUGGAUGUGUGUCGUGGAUGCAGGCACUAAGCGAGGCGAGAUCACUUCUGUGUCGGCCGACAUCGACGGCAGCAAGAGCUUUGUCGUCUCACGCCCGACGCCAAACGUGCUGGCGCGCCUUGCCGAGACCAAGCAGCCGCACUAUGCCGGCGUGGGCGUCCCCCCUCCCACCACAAGCACAGCCACGACGGCCACGUCCUUCAUGGAGGUCAGUGCCACGUCUGCCGCUGCGCCCACCGCUCUGCCGCACCCGCGGUACGCGCCCGUUGGCUGGCACGGAUUCAAUGGCGACAACUGGAUCGCCGCCAGCGACCUGCCGGGUACAGUACCCUCACCCCGACACAACACAACACAGCCAACGACACUCCACUGCACUCGUGUGUGUGUGCGUCAGAUGCUGACAAGGUGCGUGGGCUGACGAGCUUCUCGGUGGCGUGCCGUGUGCGUGUAAUGGGCGAGCACACACACCGAAUCAGCAACGGCUUCAGCCAGUGCAACGGCUUCAGCCUUAGUGUGGGUGACAACGACGAGCUGGUGUUCGACCAGAUCUGCAGCCCAUCGCCCGGCGUGACGUCGGGCAGCCGUGUCACCUACUUCCAACCAGGUCAACCACAAUCCAUCCAACACACACACACACACACACGUGUCUGUGUGUCCAUGUGGUUAACCAACGAUGCAGAGAAGUAUGUGGCCAUGUACGUCAACGGCCUGGCCACCGACUUCGAGUUCGAGCUGACCACCCGGCUGGCCAUCGGCCGCCUGAGUGGCGACAUCACGGCCGUCCACAUAUACGACUAUGUCCUCUCACAAGACGACGUCAACAAGGUGACUGACUGACCACACGUGUGAGCGCAUCACACGUAUCACAUCACACUCCCUCUCUGUGUGUGUGUGUGUGUCAGGACAUGGACAUGUCGUUUGAGCAUCCCUUUGGCGGUGUGGGCACCUCCCGCCGACACACGACCGACGGCCGUCUCUGCACAUCUCCGUGCAAGACCUCCCCGCCCCCUCCCGCCACAUGCAACGUGACGACCGACUCGCUCGGCGGCGGGCGCGUGUCGAUGCGCCGGCCGCACCCGCGAUACGGCAAGCUCACCACUCGUGUCCUCUUUGGAAUCCGCGAGAAGUCAGUUUCGGCCAGCCCUGCAGGCAGGCACUUCCCGGCAUCCAUUGUGCAGGACCUCAACGAUGUCAGAGGUCAGCCAGCCCAUCACCCACAACAGAUACAGACACACAGACGUGUCUGUGUCUGUCAGAGUAUGAGCACAAUAGUGGUGGGCAGGGCAUGGACGACUCUGACGUCUCGCCGAAGUUCGGUCCCUCCUUAGGCUUCGGAAAGUCAACGGUACAGACAGACAGACAGACAGAGGCAUGGCUGUGCUGCUGUGUUGUGCACAGGGUGUGAUCCCUUCUGUCGGCGCGAUCGUCCCCGCGUGGUUCAACGAGAUGGUGGUGCGGCCGAUCCAGACUCAAUGUGCGUAAGGAGAUGCGUACACUACACAGGCACACACACAUGAUUGUUGUUUGACUGCGUGUGCCUGUGUAGUGUGGCUGCCACGCGUUACCAGGACCCCCACUGACACCACCACCACAGCCACAGCCACAGCAACCACCGCCACGGCCCCGGCCACCACCCCUGCCACAGCCACCAACAGAAACCAGCGUCGCAGGGGCAGGCGCGGCCGACGAGGGGGGGGUGCCGUCGGUCAGGUCCGUCGGUUCGUCGAUAGAACCAUCGUCAAUCCGGGCGAGACCGAAGAACAGAGAGGUGAGUCGACUGAAGUGACACACGCCACAUCAUACUCAUAUCUCUCAUGUCUGUCUUUGUCUCUCUGUGCGUGUGUGUGUGAAGUCGCGAGACACAUUCGUCAAACAGCACUUCGAGCGUAUAGAGAAAUCACCGCAACCCCCGGCUUCAGAUUUACGACUGUCAACAUCCACACAACCCCCCCCACAAAAGACACCGACACACAUGAGAUGUCACGGUGGUGUUUGGUGUGUCAGAUAACUGCAGAGGCGCUCGGAUGGGAGCUGCACGACGCGACCCGCGCCCGGGCACCGGCCGGUGCCCGGCGCAUGGCCGUUGCCUUCCAGAUAACCCCGAGGUGGGACACGCAGCAUGCACACGUACACACUAGGCACAGCUGCCUCACGCCGAGUGAAACGUUGAUGUGUCUCCUCUCGCUGCACAAGGGCGGCCGGAUAUUUUGAAGUCAUGGAGAAUCGAGAUCUGACCGAGCAAGAGCUGGACGCCAUCAAUCGCUUCUUGCAACAGCUGGUGGCGGCGGCAGGUAAGGACACACACGGUAACACACAUAACCCUUGUAUGUGUAUGCCCGUGUGUGUGUGUUUUUUUGUUCAGACGCGUGAAGCGCACUCAUCCCACACUCCACACCAACACUCAACCUCGUCAGCUCCGCACGUGCCACAGACACGACACAGAGAGACAGACACACCAGCACAACAAUGAAUGCAGCCGUGUCUGUGUGUGUGCGUAUGUGUGUGUGUGCAGGUGUUUGGUUCGACGCUGACUGAGUCCAAUGCCGACAUCGUCUCGUGGGGCAUCGACGACGUCACAGUGCACCUGCAGCAGUGAAUCGACGGACGGAUGAAUGGAUGGACUGACUGACACAGAACUGACUGACAAUACGAUAGAUGCAUGG